AUGUUGAACGGUACCUCAUACAAGUCGAACCGUUACCUGUCCCCCAACACCUCCCACAACAUCCUACCUGGUAGCUCCACUACUACCAGCGAACCCUUUCUUCCCUACACAAACAACAGAGAUAAUAAACAUUCAGUGUUCCAAUACCCAAAAACUGAGUGCUUUGAGCAAUGUUACAAGACUAACCCGGCUGCAUUGCCUCCAGCUCAACAUGGCAAAGAGAGGUCUAGAGGGGGUCCAGAACCGGACGACAGUCUGACCAACAUGGAGUGGCUGCCAGAAGUCUCAAUACCCUACAUGCAGCAAGUCAGAUGUAAGAUCUCUCAGGAGGACAUGAAGAAAAUGCCAAGAAAACGGAACAGGAACGUCCCUUCUACUAGUGGAGUUAAAGCAUGUGCUACAAGUUACAGAAAACCAGAGUACUCGUACGCAAUGUUAAUAUUCAAAGCUAUCAACGACACAGAGGAGAAAAGAAUGCAGCUGUUCCAGAUCUACGAGUGGAUUGAGAAUCAUUACCUCUACUACAAACAGAACCCUGGAACUCAUUGGAAGAGUUCUAUCAGGCACAAUUUAUCGCAGCACAAGAUAUUCGUGAAAGAGCUCCCCCCACCCAGCCUCAAAUCCAAAGGAUCGUUCUGGGCACUAGACCGCAGAAUGGCCGAGAAGGAUCUACUCUUGCAAAUUCAACCUAAACGUCCUCGACUCUCCCGGAUUUCGAAUGGAGAGUCAGCCUGCGUCAAUGGUCGCAUCUCCAAAGGACCCUACUGCGCUGUCCUUCCUCACUACAACCCGCACCCAAACCACCACCAGUACAACCUUCAUCCUCACAGACAGCCCCUUUACCAGCACGUGCGGAACGUGUCGCGCGGCACUCAGCACGUGCAAUAUCGACAACCUCCACAGCGGGUCCAGAACUAUCCAAACAAACGGGAAGAAAAACCUGGAGAGGUCCAUACUUAUAGAAAUAGGCCCAACAUACUAUCUAAGGUAGUUCGACGGGACGAGAAAGAUACAAGCUCACCUCCCGGAACCUCACUCCUGAACCUCAACCAACUCUUCCACACCAACAACAACCUGGAGAACAUCUCCCCUGGCAGUAGUUCCUACGAGAGUGGCUACUCCUCCAGCUCACUUAACGACACUUCCAAUAACUCCCCUAAACCCAAAUCUUUCGUUUGCUCGACACCCGUUAAGAACGGAGUUUGGAGUUCUCCAGAGUUCGGUGGAUUCAAGAGUAGUCCCCAGAUAACAUCCUUCCCGCUGUCAGGUGAAGAGCUGCCUAAUCUCUCUCACUACAUGGCUCCUGCUGCAGAUCCACAGUUACAAUCUUGUGUUAAAGAAGAAGAAAAGGUUGAGCCCUCCGGUGAGUUUUGGUCCCCAACUUACGGUAAACACCAAGUUUUCUUCUCUCCGACAAAAGGGGAUGGAAAACAGCCAAGAUACGAGGUAGAAGGAGAAGUCACAGUUCCGUUUUGACUCAAAUCGCAAUGAGUGACUCAUAUACCGCCUUCCCUACCGCGGAAUCUCCUUGCAUCAAGGAGGAAAUAGAUGAGGCAAAGGAGGUUGUCCUAAUUGAGACAUCUCAAAGGGUGGAUUCAAACGACACUGACGCCAAGGAAGAAAUUCAGGAGGUAAAGGAGGAACCGAUUGAUUGUUUGCCCGGGCCAAAAUCAGAAGACAAGAACUGUGACAUAGCUGAUCUGAUCACUCAAUUUAUUAACGAGGGGGAAGUAUGCAUGCUGAACGGAACUUUUAGUACCACUCCAUUACGACAGUACUUGACCGAGGAAGAGAGCUCUCUUGCAUUAGAUCUUGACAGUCCGAAACGCUCCAAGAAGAAGACUCCUAUAAGAAGAUCACUAAAUGAGGAAAUGAAGUGACUAAGUGAUAGGGGAUAACUAUUCGGGAUUGGUUAAGUUAAUAGUCAGCCAAAGCUCACCAUUUGAGCAUUAAUAAUUUUCUGCACAAAUAUUCGUUGAUAGAAAUGAGAAAACCGAAUCAACUGAGUCAUUAUUGACUCGAACCCAAGUCAUGGCUGCUUGAAUAUAGUUAAAACUAUGUGAUGGCUGCUGCUAUAUUUCAAGCAAGUUGUGAAUGAGGUACUUUUGACUAUUGUUGGAACUUAAUUAUCGACUAUAAAAGUUACAAGUUAAUUUUUUUGACUGAUUUACGGAUUGAAGUUUAAGUUAUGUUACUUACCAUAUUACACACCAAUAUCGUGGUGAAUUGUCGCGAUAUGUUUUGCACACGGCGACUUAUAAAGCAAUUUGUUAAUGGUUUGUUCGGCUAUAAUAUCAAUUGUUUGGUCACUUAAUUGAUUACUUACUUGAUCAGAUGUUGUCUUAAAAAACUUCGUAUUGGUGAUUAAGUUUUUCAGUUUGAACUUAUGCGACUUAUUUCAGUCUCCGUUUUUGGUUUAUUUCUUCGUUGUUGCAUGCUCUUUUUUUGUGUUUGCUCUGAAUUUAAACUAUAUGAUAUUUUGUUUUUUCCGGUUUAGUGGCCGAACACUUCAUGUAAAUGAUACUUAAUCUUGUCUUCAUAAUCACCGAUAUUUGUUCAGAAUAUAACUUAAAAGAUUUCGACAUUAAUGAAAUGGAGUCACGGAGAGUUCAAGAACUACUUUCCAAUUAUGCAUAAUUUUAGAUAAAAAUGGAUUGGUGGGUUACGAUAAUGAAAUGUUGUUCAAUGUCCAUGAUUGUCCCUGCUAAUAAAUUACCUUAUUACUUGUUCAAACAUAAUAUUUAUUUUUGAUUAAAACAUUGACAUUUAAUAGGGAACCCAAAUCGUAUCUUCUAAGUAGCAUACUUCGGCUUCAAUAACUAAGGAAAAGGAAAUAGUCAUAGUUGGAAAGUUAUAAAUUUCACUUUUGUUAAGCAUUCGAUAUAAUUCACCGUUAUUAUACCGUUUUUCUCACUAAGUAUUGCUGUAUGCUGUAAUGUGUAAAGUAAUUUACUUUUAUAUUCCAACCGUAACUUUUGAAUAAUAA